UUGAGUCACAUCUGGCGGAGGCGGAUGUGAUCACUUGGCCCGGAAGCAGAGUGAGUACGGAGACCGACUGAUUCAUUGUGGAGGCCCCGCCGAGAGUGUGCGAAAAAUGGACAGACUUUUACGACUAGGAGGUGGUAUGCCUGGACUUGGACAGGGCCCGCCGACUGAUGCCCCAGCUGUUGAUACAGCAGAACAGGUUUACAUAUCUUCACUCGCUCUACUAAAGAUGUUGAAACAUGGACGAGCUGGCGUUCCAAUGGAAGUGAUGGGCCUUAUGCUUGGCGAAUUUGUUGAUGACUAUACUGUCCGUGUUAUUGAUGUUUUUGCGAUGCCUCAGUCAGGCACGGGUGUUAGUGUGGAAGCAGUUGACCCUGUUUUUCAAGCCAAGAUGCUGGACAUGUUGAAGCAGACAGGCAGGCCUGAAAUGGUUGUUGGCUGGUACCAUAGUCACCCUGGCUUUGGAUGCUGGCUUUCAGGAGUUGACAUCAACACUCAGCAGAGCUUUGAAGCCCUGUCGGAGCGAGCUGUUGCCGUAGUAGUGGAUCCUAUUCAGAGCGUAAAGGGGAAGGUUGUUAUUGAUGCCUUUAGACUGAUCAAUGCAAAUAUGAUGGUGUUAGGACAUGAGCCAAGGCAAACGACUUCAAAUCUUGGUCACCUCAAUAAACCAUCUAUCCAGGCUUUGAUUCAUGGAUUAAACAGACAUUACUAUUCUAUCACCAUCAAUUAUCGGAAGAAUGAACUUGAACAAAAGAUGUUGUUGAACUUGCAUAAAAAAAGUUGGAUGGAAGGGCUGACACUUCAGGACUACAGUGAGCAUUGUAAACUUAAUGAAACUGUUGUGAAAGAAAUGCUAGAAUUGGCCAAGAACUACAAUAAGGCUGUGGAGGAAGAGGAUAAAAUGACACCUGAACAACUGGCAAUUAAAAAUGUUGGAAAACAAGAUCCAAAACGCCAUUUGGAAGAGCAUGUGGAUGUUGUGAUGACUUCAAAUAUUGUGCAAUGCUUAGCAGCAAUGUUGGAUACAGUUGUAUUUAAAUAGUGAACUGUAAUAUUAUAAGGUAUUAAGGCAUUCUGUUUUUUUUUGAUUGUGCAGUUUCUAUUUAAUUCUCUGUAAUGCUGAGGCUGCUGGAGACUACUUAAAACUACAGACUUCCAACACCAUUAUAUCUUGAGCUGAGAGCAACCAUGCUGUACCUGCCUUUGUUGUUUUUGAAUCAUUUGUCAGGACAAUUGCAUUUCAGCUUUUUCUUUUUUUUAAAGUUUAAACGAGUGUCCAAGUUUGAUUUUGGUAUUUGCACUCAUUUUGUAUUUUUUGUUAGAUCUCAGACUGUAAGUAAAAUAAAAGUUAGAUCUGUCUUUGUUAUGUGACUUCCCAUUGUCACAUAAAAACAGAUUUGUGCUACCUUUUAAAAAAAAGGCUUUGCCACUUAAUGAAGACUUCAACAUGAUAUGUUGCAGGAUUUUUAAAGCAGAAAUCUCAACUAGAUAAAAGCAGUUAGAUGUUCUCAUCCUUGUUUAUUAAGAGUUGUUCAGCACUACAGAGGUAGCACAUGUCUAACACCUCUAGGGUCGUAGCUGUGAAUAUGGCAGAUGCUAAGGUCAAACUAGAAUCUCGUCUGUGAAGAAUGACAUUUCUCAACCAACUGCUUGGCACGGAGAACGUUAAGGUACAUUAACCCACUAAUUCAUGAAUAAGAGGUGCACAAGAUUUUUUUGAGAAUGUUAUGUUUUGAUUAACCUUGAUACAAUACAGUCAUAACGUGCAAUGCCUGGCAGCUUUAAACUACAAUACUCCAUAGUCAUUACAGAUAAUAUUUUAAAAAAUGUUUCUAUCAUUUAUUUGUAAGGGGUUGGUGGAUUUACAUUAUCUGGAAUAAAUGGUCUAAAACCAUCUAAAUGUAUCCUGGAGUUACAGAACUGACACAAUUGGUAUGUGUGAUAUUCUUGCAUGCUUUGAACAUUUAAUUAUUCAGGUAUUAACAUUAAUAUUUUCUUGGAAUAAAGAACAAACAUCGCAAUCUAA